GUAAAUGUUGAAUACUGUUAACGGAAUCAAAUUGUUCGCUUAAAGGCUAACAUAUUAGCAUUCGCUAGCUACGUAGCCCAUGUCAUGUUAGCUAUAUUCAGAUAUUUUGAAACGGUGUUCAAACGCCUUCAGUAAUGCAUGAGGUAAGGUAUAGUUGCAAUUUAUCGAAAUUCGGGUUUGUAAAUAUUGAAUACUGUUAACUGAGUCAAAUUGUUGGCAUAAUAGGCUGACAUUAGCAUUCGCUAGCAACGUAGCCUAUGUUAGCUAUGAAUAUUUUUAAACGGUGUUCAAACGCCUUCGGUAAUGCAUGACUGUCAUGACAGAUGUUAAGGAAAGGUAUUUUGUGUGUGUUUUAUCACUGUUUCCCAUUUUAAUGUGAAGUUAGUGAAUACUGUUGAGUCAAAUUGGCUUAAAGGCUAACAUUAGCACUCGCUAGUAACCUAACCUUAUGAACCAUAUGAACCUUAUGAAACGUUCUGCUAGCUGCUAGCUGCUAACGUUAAUCCCUCACACAGAUAACCACCAAGGCAGAAUGUUGGCGUGUGGAAGUACCUCUACUCAGAGUGAUAGAGAAAACUAUGGCUCUGCUUUUACUGAAGGAAUGGCUACCGGAGCGGGCAGCUUUAUGAAUAUAAGGUGAAAAGGAUGUAUGGAGAAGUUUUGGGAGAGUCAGACAGUCCACGGAACUUGCAAUGACUUAGCAAUGAUCUAUGCCAGACGUACAACCCCUGCUGUCAUUGGUGAUACCACUGCUUGAAAAUAUGUCAACGUCCUGUAGAUCAAGUAAGGUUCCAGUCGAAGUCCUCCUGAAGAAUUUGUUGGAUUUCUGCCAGUUUUUGAUAUUGAACUUUAGUGCCUUUUGAGACUCUUGGCUUUUUAAUGGCACGCCUCAUCCUACCCAAAUGGAAGGAUUGGAGUGUGUUUAUAUUGUAUAUGUUUAUGGGCUUGCUAAUAUUUGCUUAGGCUUUCACAUUGUUUUCUGAGAUACUACUCAAUGAUGUCAUUGUGACUCAUUGUAUCACACUUCAAGACGCGUAUCUUUUACUCAACUAGUGUAUGCACUGUGAAUCCAAACAUGAGAAUUCUAAGAUUAUAGCAACUGCAAAGUUACUGCAAGGACAAUGUUAGUUUUGUAAAAACCUUAAGUGACAAGCACAAGAUGCGAUAGUGCUGGGAGCUUUUCUCUUGUAACAUUUUAAUGCAUUUGUAAUGGUGACGGUAAGCAGAUACUACAUUUUCAUCUCAUAUGUUAGUAUUAACAUGAACUUAAAAGCAUGCAAGGUUUUUUUAACUCAAAUAUUGGUAUAAUAUAGAUCAAGGUUAUUAAUGUUGAUCACCUAUGGUGCAAGUUAAUCAUUUUUUUCCCUCUGCAUAUAAACACAAUGUGGAAGCAAAAUAUUGGAGAUCAAACUGUUUUAUAUUUACACUUACAUAAAGAGUUACAACAUGUUUUACGUUAAUAUGCAUAUUGAUUAAUGUAAGAUACUUUGAUGUUUUGAUAUGAAUGUGUUAACUUUUAUGUACCUGUAUUCAUGUGGAGUAUUGUGUGUAAUAUCACAAAGUGAUUUUUCUCUCAGAAUAAACAUUUUAAUUUACUUAUUGGUUGUGUGAAUACAUUUCAAUUAUACCACCUUAAAUUUUCACUGGGGUUGUACCCUUAAAGUACAGAUUAGUACCUUUUAAGGCUGCUAUGCUGUAAUGAUAUACACAGGUACAUUUCGGUCAUUGCAGGUACACAAGUGUACCUUGAUGGGUACAAAUGGCUAGGGUACCAAACGGUACCUGCAUUAGGGGUACAUUAUUGUACUUCAAAAGGGUACUGCCCCAGCGACAAGCAUUUGUACCGUUUUAGGUACACACUGGUACUUCCAUUUCUGAGAGUGCAGUAUAUACUGUAUAAGCUAUAUUUAUAAGUAUAUAAGUAUAUUUGUAGUGCUAAUUAGAUCAGUAUAAUAGGUAGCAUCUGAUAAGCGGGUGCAAUAGUUAUCUCAUGUAGUGCUAGUACAACGGACUCACGUCUCCAAACACAUUUUGUGGACAGAAGUGCAUCAGUUCCCAUGUAGCUGUCCUUCCUCAUUUCUUCUCAUAAAUACACAUACAUCUGUGUGGGACUGUCACGGUUAGAGUCAUUGCAGUGAGCGUUGAAAAGAAAAAGAGAAAAAGAGAAGUGCAAAUCCUCUCGUCAAAGUCAGGCAGGAUGUAUGGAGAAGCGAAAAGUGAGAGGGAGUGAAAGGCAGGUGAUGGAUGAUAGACCACAGUCUUACCCUGAAAGUGAUGAACUGAACUCUGUUUUGCAAACUACUUUGUGCAAACUCACAGAACUAGAUCAGCUUCACCGAGCAGAAGGCCCCAUUGCCUGUCAGAAUGGACCGACGGAGCUCCUCCCCUCCUGCCGAGGUGCCUGGCAACAAGCGGGAGGCCAGCAGCCCCAAGACCAUUGACCUGUCCCACCUGUCCCGCGCCCUGACCCUGCCCUCGCUGCUGUCCCCCCGCUCCCCCCCCUCACUGCCCCUGGAGAUGGUGGACCUGAGCCGGCUGCACCUGCAGCGCGCCCUGGCCAGGUACGACGCACCUGUGCAGGUGAAGCAGGAGAUGGUGAAGCCCAUGCCUCUGUGGCCCUCCUCUCCGCUGCUCCUGACCAGGCCGCCCCUCUCCUCCCCGUACCUGCCCCCUCUGCCCCCUGGCAUGCUCCCCUUCCCCUUCUACCUGCCCGGCCCGCUGAUGCACCUGCCCCCAGGUGCGCUCCACCCCGGCCAACCCUUCAGGUAUGAGCGCGGGGAGGAGGGCUCCAGCGGCCGGCGGGGCUUGGCGCCAGCAGAGCGUCCCACCGUCCACAUCGACGAGAGCUACCUGGUGGAGGUGGGCGACGGGCAGCGGCGCUGGCAGUGCCGCGUGUGCGACAAGUCGUACACGUCCAAGUACAACCUGGUGACGCACGUGCUGGGCCACCGCGGCAUCAAGCCCCACGGCUGCCCGCUGUGCGGCAAGCUCUUCAAGCAGCUGAGCCACCUGCACACGCACCUGCUCACGCACCAGGGCGCGCGGCCGCACAAGUGCCAGGUGUGCCAGCGGGCGUUCACGCAGACCAGCCACCUGAAGCGCCACAUGCUCCAGCACAGCGCCGUCAAGCCCCACAGCUGCGGCGUGUGCGGCCGAGGCUUCGCCUACCCCAGCGAGCUGCGCGCCCACCGCGCCAAGCACGAGCGCGGCCGCGACAACGUCUGCGUGGAGUGCGGCCUGGACUUUGCCACGCUGGCGCAGCUGAAGCGCCACCUGAGCGGGCACCGCGGGCCCGUCUCCUACAGCUGCGCCGAGUGCCACAAGAGCUUCCAGUACCCCAGCCAGCUGCAGAACCACAUGAUGAAGCACAGCGACGUGCGCCCGCACAUCUGCAGUGAGUGUGGCAUGGAGUUUGUGCAGUCCCACCACCUCAAGCAGCACGUGCUCACCCACAAGGGAGUGAAGGAGCACAAGUGUCGGAUCUGUGGCCGCGAGUUCACCCUGCUGGCCAACAUGAAGCGCCACGUGCUGAUUCACACCAACGUGCGCGCCUACCAGUGCCACCUGUGCUAUAAGAGCUUUGUGCAGAAGCAGACGCUCAAGGCCCACAUGAUCGUGCACUCAAACAUUAAGCCCUACAAGUGCAAGCUGUGUGGGAAGGAGUUCAACCGCAUGCACAACCUGCUGGGCCACAUGCACCUGCACUCAGACAGCAAGCCCUUCAAGUGCCUCUACUGCCCCAGCAAGUUCACUCUCAAGGGCAACCUCACGCGGCACAUGAAGGUCAAACACGGGAUUAUGGACCGGGGGCUUGAUGCUCGAGUGUUCCGACGGCGAAGUCGCCUUUGUCUGUCCACCCAGUUGGGUCUGCUGGCCAGGUUUAGCCAGGACGAGCCCUUUGACCUCUCCAGGAAGACCCAGCCCACGGCAACGCUCCGUCUGUCCCAGUCGGACGGCGAGAGUGUGCGUGGCAGCUCGUGUCAGGAGGAGGACGAGGACAGCCUGUGCCGCCUCAGCCAGUGCAGCCCAGAGCCCUACCAGCUGGACGGGGAGCCGCACGCCGAGGCCCUGGAGGACGUCCUGGAGGAGUCCCCACGGGUUCCACCUGAGGAACCGGCAGAGGAUCUGGAAGAGGAACCAGAAGAAGAUACGGAACCGGAUGAAGAUGAAGAUGAAGAAGAAGGAGAAGAAGAAGAAGAAGAAGAAGAAGAAGAGGAAGAAGAGGAGGAAGAAGAGGAAGAGAGGGAGAGUGUUUGUGAUGACUUUGAGAGAACAAGUGAGCAGCAGCAGCUGGAGUAUGUGCGGCGCUACUGUGGCAGCCCCCACACCUCAGCCUCCUCUGUGGAGCACCAGGGACUCAUGAUGACAAGCCUUACAGGGGCUCAGAUAUAAGCUGUGAAUGAAGCCUCACUCCUGUGAGUACCUGAGGAGCAUAGCUGUGUAAAAUAAAGAGAGAUAUGAAACAAUUAAUGAGCUAUUUUGAUUUUUUAAAAAUGAAAUAAUAAAAUUCUAUUUUUUAAAUAAUAUAAUGUUUUUAUAUUUCUAUAGGCUUUAUGUAACUCUGCUAAUCAUAUGACAUGAUUGUUUUGAGUUCAGAAAUAAUGUAUGUGCUAACAUCAAAUAUUGAUUCUAAUGAUCAAUCAUUUUCACUCACUGUUGAUUUUGUGUGUUAUUAUGUCUUUACGUAGCAUGAUUUAUGUUCAGUAUGCUAAUUAACCUCAUAAAUGUGAGAUCUUAAUAGAAAAUACAUUUGCUCUCAUUCUGCUGUGAACUGUCUAUGGAAUUAACAAACUCAUAAAUAAAUGCAAUUGUAUAGAUCAUCUAUUCAGUAGCAAUAAAUUGAUACAUUGACUUAAUAAAAUGA